CGUCCCAGCGGGCACACACACCCUCACACUUGUUCAGAGUGAAAGCUCAGGUAGACACACAGAUCGCAGUCGCAGAGUCCAAAAACAUACAAACACACCAACACCAUGCGCGCCCCAGCGAGCCUCCUCCUGCACCGCACGGCCGCCGGCGAGACGUCCUCCUCGAUGGCACCGCGUUCUACUCCGGAGCAGCAGCAGCAGCAGACGGCGCCGGCGGGGAUGGCGGUGGACUCAAACAUGGUGGUGAUCCUGGCGUCGCUGCUCUGCGCGCUCGUCUGCGUCCUCGGCCUCGCUCUCGUCUCCCGCUGCGCGUGCCGACGACGUCGCACCUCAAGCUCCGACCACUCGCCUCCUCCACCCAAGGGGCUCAGGAAGAAGGCCAUCGACGCCCUCCCCACCGUCUUGUUCGCCAUCUCACCGGACUCGUCAUCAUCGUCAGCACCGUCGACGACGGCAUGGUGUUUGGCAUCCGAGUGCGCGAUAUGCCUCACGGAGUUCGCGGAUGGGGAGAGCGUGCGCGUGCUCCCGGGAUGCGGCCACGGGUUCCACGGCGCGUGCGUCGACGCCUGGCUCCGGACAAGCGCCAGCUGCCCCUCCUGCCGCGCCGCCAUCUCCGGCGCCGAGCCGGCCAGGAGGACGGCGCCUGUGGAGCCGACGGUGGUCGUCGUGGUGGCCAGCGGGGGCAGCAGGUGCGGGAGGUGCGGCGAGCUGGCGGCGCCGGCUGGGAGCGGUGCUGGGGACUGCACCUUCUUGCCUUAAUUAGCUUAUCUUCUUCGUCGAUCUUCCAAUGUUUUCUUUGUUUUAGUUUCUGCUAGGCUGCCUACUUAGGUUGUCUUAAUUAGCACUGUAUAUUAGUACUGCACUACUCUUGAUCAACUCAGGUUUGUAGCAGUCAUGCAUUCCAUGAUACUUAGUUCAUCAGGUUUGUAUUUUUUUUUCCAAACGAUCCUAGGAUCGGAUUUCAUUAUCAACAGAUAACGAAACAUAACGAGUAUCACAUGCCCAUAAGGCAUGUUCCAACA